AUGAGCUCAAUCAGUCUAACAGGCCGAGAGGGUCGCCAGGUUAGUAUCCCAUCCGGCCUCUUCAUCAACAACCAAUUUGUCCCCAGCAAACAAGCCUCCGUGCUCGAGGUCCAGAACCCCUUUUCAGGCGAGAUCCUCGGCUCCAUCUCCGCUGCCGAGUCCGCAGAUGUCGACGUCGCCGUUGACGCUGCCAGUCACGCAUUCCAAACCUGGCGAUAUGCCUCCGCAUCCAACAGGCAAGCGCUGCUAAAUCGACUCGCGGACUUGGUUGAACGCGAUGCGGACGAAUUCGCGACGAUCCACGCCCUGGACGGCGGCUUCGUCUACGAUGACGUGAAAGCGUUCGAUAUCUCGCAAGCCUGCGAGACCCUUCGCUACUUCGCCAACUGCACCGAGAUCUCCGGUCGGGUUGUCGAUGUCCCUGGUGGGAAGGGCGUGGUUCGUAAGGAGCCGAUUGGAAUCUGCGCGGCUAUCGUGCCGUGGAAUGCGCCGCUGAUGAUCACAAUCUGGAAGCUAGCGGCGGCUCUCGCGGCGGGCAACACACUCAUCAUCAAGUCCCCCGAGGCCGCUCCCUUGUUCGGACAGAAACUAGGCCAGUUGAUCGUCGAGGCUGGAUUCCCUGCCGGCGUGGUCAGCAUCUUGUGUGGCCUGGGCACCGUGGCAGGCAAGGCAAUCGCGGAGCACAUGCGCAUCCGCAAGAUCGCGUUCACCGGAAGCACGCCCACCGGACGGAGCAUUCUUCGUGCGUCGGCAAACUCGAACCUGAAGAGGGUGUCCUUGGAGCUCGGUGGAAAGAGUCCUUCGAUUGUCUUCGAUGACGCCAACCUGGGCAACGCGCUGUUCUGGAACCUGGUCGGCUCCAGCGCCAACAAUGGCCAAGUCUGUGCGCUUGGGUCGCGAAUCUACGUUCAGGAUGGUAUCUACGACCGUUUUGUCGAAGGUUUGGUGUCGCGUGCUCGCCAGAUGCCUGCCGUCACGGGCAAUCCACUUCAAAAGGGCGUCACGAAGGGCCCGGUGAUUAACAAGCAGCAACACGAUCGCAUUCUAUCCUAUCUAGAAAAGGGCCGACAGGAAGGCGCCAAAACUAUCCUCGGUGGUACCGGCACCGCUCAAGGAUCAAGUGGAUUCGUCGAAAACACUAUCUUGACCGAUGUAGGCGAGGACUUCACCAUUGUGAAGGAAGAGAUCUUCGGACCCGUGGCAACGGUGCACCGGUUUUCCACCGAGGACGAGGUCAUUGCCAAGGCGAAUGACUCUGAAUAUGGCCUGAGUGCCGCCGUCUUCACGGAGAAUAUUCAUCGUGCAGACCGCGUGGCGAACGCGCUGGAGUCGGGACAGGUUACUGUCAACUGUUGGGGGAUGAUGACGCCCAGCAUGCCUUUUGGCGGCGUGAAACAGAGUGGCUUUGGUCGGGAUAUGGGCGAGGAGGCGCUGGAGGCUUGGUUGUCGGUCAAGGCGAUCAAGUAUUGGUCGUUGACCGAGAAGGCGAACCUGUAA